CUCUCCCUCACCCUCCGCUUCGCCCGUCCCGCAUCUCGCUCGGAAAUCACCGCCGUCGGCAUCUCCCCUUCUUCCACCAUUGCCUACGCAAUCUACGCCGGCGCCCAAACCGACCAGCCCUGGAUCGACACCUUUGACCUCCGCUCCCAAACGAGCUACUCCAAAAUCAUCGGCUGCGUCGCUGCUUUCUCGCCCAAAGUCCACUCGUCUCCUUCGUCUCCGUCUCGCCUCCGCAUCAGCACAAUCACAUCAAGGUCGUCUCCAGCUUCAGCCUCAACUUCAGCUUCUCUCACUCCAGCAUCAUCAUCCUCUGCCCUCCCCCGCAUCGCAACCCUCUCCGCCACGCUCAUCAUCCGCGACUUCUCCUCCUCCAAGCCCAUCCUCGAGCUCAAGGACGUCGCCUCCCCCAUCGCCUGGUCCCCCGACGGCCGCUCCAUCGCCGCCGCCGAGCCCCGCCACCGCAUCGGCGUGUGGGACGUCCGCACAGGGACCCGCACCGGCCGCGUGCCGGGCCACAUCGCCGCCGUGACGCACGUCGCCUUCAUGCCGGACUCGCACCUCGUCACCACUUCCCGUGACGGCACUCUCCGCGUCACCAACCCCGUCACGAUGAAGACGCUCUACAAGCUCGAGAUUGAGUCCUCGUCAACCAACCCCCGUGCCUUGGCCGUCUCGCCCGAUGGCAGCACUAUUGUCUCCAUCUGGGGCACAACCGUGCACAUCUGGAUGCCCCAGCACGGCCAGCUCACAUCAUAUGGCCUCUCCAGCACGCGUCCCUGUGAAGGCUGGCCGCUCUGCAUCUCCCCCGACUGCCGCUACAUUGCCUCCUGGACUGAAGAAGGAUUUGACAUCAUGGACGUGGCUUCUGGCGCGGUCAUCUGCACCAAGGAGGGAGGGCCGUUGGUCACGUCCGCGGCCUUUUCUACUGACAGCAAGACGCUUGUUUUGGGUAGAACGAGCGGCGACGUUGAAGUUUGGAAUGUUGUGAACAAGGCGGAUUUGAAUUAG